AUGUCCAAUUUUUGGAGGCAUGCAUAUGUGAAGUUUCUAAAGGAUAUGGUUACCAAGAAGAGGACGAUUGAGCAGUAUGAAAUUGUUACUACAACAAAUGAGUGCUUAUCUGUGAAGAGCAGUUUGCCACCCAAAAGGAAGGAUCCUUGUAGCUUUACUAUUCCAUGCUUAAUAGGUUACAAUUAUGUGGGGAAAACUUUAUGCGAUCUUGAAUCUAGUGUAAAUCUAAUGCCCAAAUCAGUGUUUAUGAAGCUUGCUACAGGGUGGAUUUUAAUUGAUUCUGAAAAUGGUGAAUUCACCUUGAGAGUGGAUGACCAAAAGGUGACUAUUAAUGUCCUCAACACUCUCAAGUAUGCUGAUGAUUCUGAGGGGUGUUAA